AUGGCUGAAAAUGAUGAACCACAGAUUUAUAAAAAACGUUAUAAAAUUGAUGAAAAACUUGGUGCUGGAAAUUUUGGUACAGCUUAUCUUGUUACUGAUCUUAAAGAAAAACAUGAACCAAAAGUAUUGAAAGUUGUUCGAUUAGGUGAAAUGGAUGAGGAACAAACAGUUGACUCUGUUCGUGAGGCUCAACUUCUAAAGAGUUUACAUAAUGAACAUAUUGUUAAAUUUUAUGAAAGUUUUCUUGAAAAUGAUUGCUUAUGCAUUGUAACAGAUUAUUGUGAAGGUGGUGAUCUUGAUCAUCGUUUAAAAGAAUUAAAAAAACAAAAUCGUAAAUUAGAAGAAGAUCAAAUUGUUGAAUGGUUAAUACAAAUAUUAAUUGCUGUACAAUAUAUGCAUAAAUCAAGAAUAUUACAUCGAGAUUUAAAAGCAAGAAAUAUAUUUCUUAAAGCUAAUAAAAUUAAAAUUGGAGAUUUUGGUAUAAGUAGAAUAUUAGUUGGAACUAUGGAUGUAGCUACAACAUUUACUGGAACACCAUAUUAUAUGUCACCCGAAGUUUUGAAACAUGAUGGAUAUGAAUCAAAAUCAGAUAUUUGGUCAGUUGGUUGUUUAUUAUAUGAAAUGUGUACUUAUCAACAUGCUUUUGAUGGUAAAGGUCUUAUGAAUGUUAUAUAUAAAGUUGUGGAGGGAAAAGCACCUGAGCUUCCAAAAACAUAUUCAAAAGAACUAAAUGAUUUACUGAAAAAAAUGCUUAUCAAAGAUCCAAGUAAUCGACCAACUGCUGCUCAAUUAUUGCUGACGCCAUUUAUUGGUCGACAUCGUGAGAGAACUCAUUUAAAUGAUCCACUUGAAAAUACAAUCAGUGGUAAUCUUCGUUCAAGAGAAAUUAAUGCUCAUAUACAAAUUCCAAUAAAUUAUGGACAAAUGAAAAGUCAAAGUUGGUCAUUAUCUAGUAAAGAUCAUGUUCCUGAUGAUGCUGAUGAUGUUGAAACUGGAAAUAUUUCAUCGAAUAAAUUUAAUGAAGUAUCAGAAGAAGAAGAAGAACAAACUUUAAAACCUACAAAUACAGUCAAACCAACUAAAAAAACAACGGCUGAAAGAAAAUUACAUGAGGCUGAUGCUCAUGGUCAACUAUUCAAUCAAGCAAUUCGAUCGAAUGUAACUGAAGCUCUUCAAAAUCGACAAAUGAUGCGUGAAAAUAAAAAUUUAGGAACUAUGAAACAAUCACAACCAUUUGCAGAUCAUGUAGAAGAAAAUGGACAAGUCUUAAACAAUCGUGCUCGCAAUCCUGCUCAAUUUUCUAAUGAAGGUAAACUUAAUAAUCGUACUGGUGCUAGAAGUACUUCAUUUGGUAGUAAUACUGAUGAUCGUCCUAUAACACCAAUGCGAACAACUUAUAAACAAAUAGCUGAAAGAUUUGAUGAUGAAGAUGAUUCAAAACAUUAUAAUAAUCAAUAUAAUGAUCAUAGUCCAACACGUGAACAAGACACGAAUGAGAUGACAUCAAAAACUCGACGAGCAAUGUCUGCAUCACAACGUUCAACAAUAAAUUCAUUGAGUCAAACUAUGGGUCCACGUCAUCCAGCUAAUUUUAAUAAAGACAAAAAAUCUAAAUCACCAUCAAGAACUAUUGGUAGUGCAACAAGACAAAAAGCUUCAUUAAAUGUAGCCAUGGAUGAUGCUAAUGCUACAUUAAAAGAUAAUCCAGCUCAAGAUGCAUAUGGUCGAUUUGCAAAAGAUGCAAAAAUUAAUGCAUUACGAACAAAAGCAAUUCAAUUAUUGGGUGAAUCUACAUUUGAAAAAGUUUAUGAUUAUUUAGUUCAACAACGUACAGCACAAAAAACAAAUCCUAAUUUUAAUGAAGCACAAGUAACCGAAGGUCUUAAAGCAUUCGUUAAAAAACCGACUGAUUGUUUUCUUGUUGAUCAACUAGUAUUUCUUGAACUUUAA